UCAAAGCUGCCACGGUCAAGGGUGGCUCUUGCUCUAUUUUUAAGCCGGUGUGCUAUCUCAGAGGGAAGCCCGGCUCGCCUCCUGCUUUCCAAGCCUCCUUCCAUUCGACCAUUCCACCCCAUCCCAGCUCGCCCCGUCACGUCACGAACACCGCCUAUUUUUUCCAGUUCCACAGCUUGUCAUCAUGCAGAUAGUUUCCCACGAGCGAUCCAUUCCUCGAGCGCCGUCCAUGGUCCAGACAGGAUGACCGCGACGCCGAUGGCACCAUCCCCUCCGGCCGCGCGCUCGCCGCCCCCGCUGCCGCCGCCGCUGGCCGUGGACGUGGCCGUCAUCGCGGGCGUGCUCACGGCCGUGCUCCUGGCGCUCUUCCUCUUCCUCAUCUACGCCAAGCACUGCAAGCACCGCGGCGGCGCCGGCGCCGGCGGUGGCGGGCGGCCCGGCCUGGGCCUCGGGUUCGCGCCGUCGUCAUGCGAGCGCUGCCGCUCCGGGCUCAGCGGCUCCGCGGUGGGCGCGCUCCCGGCGGUCCGGUUCGGCGACAUGGCCGGCGCCGGCGCGGGGGCCGGCCGUGCCACCGAGUGCGCGGUGUGCCUGGGCGCCUUCGACGCCGCCGAGCUGCUCCGCGUCCUGCCCGGCUGCCGCCACGCGUUCCACGCCGAGUGCGUCGACACCUGGCUGCUGGCACACUCCACGUGCCCGGUCUGCCGCCGGCGCGUCGCCAGGGGGGGACGUGUACGUCCCCAUCGCGAUCGUCCCGGAGCCGGAGCCGACGACCGCAUCCGGUGACCCGGCGCCGCCGGUCGCGGGGAUGGUGGUGCCCGGCCGGCGCUCGGCCGGCGACGCCGAGGAGGUGCAGGUGGCGGCGGUGCACGACCGGCGGCGCGACCAGCGGUGGUCCACGGACGGCUUGGUUGACCGGGUCGCGUACCUCGAGGCGGCGAGGGACCGGAGGGACCUGGGCAUCCUAGUGGUCAGCAGCGCCCACGGGUCACGAGGCUCCCGCAGCGUCGUCGUCACGCCGCGGUCCUGCUAGCUCCGGCGUCCGGCGAUGCCAUUCAUCUGCGCCUCCGUGAUCUUGCUCCUGCUCAUGGCGGAACAGGCUUCUUUGAUCUUUAGAUAGCUGAUGAUGCUUGUUCAUCGAUCGAUCGUGUCUGUGUACAUAGUUAGCGACACGUCGGUAGGAUACGGUAUAGUGAUAGGGUUAAGACUGGAGUAAGACAUUGUAAUUUCGAUGUGCCCAUUGGGGCAAUGAGGUGAUGUAGACCACUGAUGGCUGAAGUUUCACUGCAGAAAAUGCAAAACGCUUUUUUGUGG